CGAGAACGUCCGCCAGUGCGUGGCUCCUCCCCUUGCCCCGGAAGUACUCACGGCGGUCGGAGGUUUCUGGGUUUGUUCGUCAACGGCGCUUCCUUUUUGUCCGACAUCUUAGCCAGGUUGCGGUAGUGGCAGCUCCUCUCCUAGCUUCGCAAUGCCGCCCAAGGACGACAAGAAGAAGAAAGAUGCCGGAAAGUCGGCCAAGAAAGACAAAGACCCAGUGAACAAAUCUGGAGGCAAGGCCAAAAAGAAGAAGUGGUCCAAAGGCAAAGUUCGGGACAAGCUCAACAACCUAGUCUUGUUUGACAAAGCUACGUAUGACAAACUCUGUAAGGAAGUUCCCAACUAUAAGCUUAUCACUCCAGCUGUGGUCUCUGAGAGACUGAAGAUUCGAGGUUCCCUGGCCAGGGCAGCCCUUCAGGAGCUCCUUAGUAAAGGCCUUAUCAAACUGGUUUCAAAGCACAGAGCUCAAGUAAUUUACACCAGAAAUACCAAGGGUGGAGAUGCCCCAGCUGCUGGUGAAGAUGCAUGAACAGGGUGAGCAGGAACUGAGGGACUCAACUGUAAGAAGUACACAUUCCCUUUGCAAGGCUAUAGUUUUGACUCUUUUUAAAAUUUUUUUACAGGUCCAACCAACCAUAUAUUUGGAAAAAUAAAACUUUAUUGAACAAAUGAAA